CCUCCGGGACUAGCAGUAUACACUUCGAAGCCGACUCUUCGCCCACUCGCCAAGAUGGUCCAGACAUACAAAAUCUUUGGCCAGGAAAUUGGCUCGCACUACCUUGCCAUGGGCAUUCUGGGCUCAUUAUUCGGCACCGCAUACGCCUUCACUGGCGGCAGCAAGAAGAUGCCUGCUACUCCCCCGAUCAACGCUUCCAGCUCCGACGAGGCCGACUUCAUCAAGAAGUUCAUAGAGCAGGCAGAAAGCGAGGAGAAGAAGCCGGCGUCAGGGAAGCAUUAGACCGUGCCUGGUCAGAGAUGGAUCAAGAUGCGAUGCAGACAUCGUGUCCUGUGUACAUGUAUAGCGGGCUUUGAAUGUGAGCCUCAUGUCUAGACCAGCAUGCUCCAUAUAGGGCAUCACUCAAUCCCCUGUUUGCAAAGGGAUUGGCAUUCGGGUUCAAGAGCCGUCUUUGCUGAGAUAUAAAGCUCCUCGGAUGCCACAGGGUUAGGGUUAAAUGACACUUGUCAUAAUCCGGACUUCCUACAACAAGACCCCGCUGAGCAAAAAGUGGCACACAAGACCCAUCUAACUUCAAGCUUGAGAACGGUUGUAUCCUCACCAAUCCUCCUCACGUCGCGUUUUCUGUGGAUCCCGCGGGUAUGUCGGUGCUCAACUGCGCUGUCGACUCUCAAACUACCUGCGAAAUCAAG